UCGGCGGAGGGGGCCUUUCCCGCUGGGGCUGGGCGCGGCGGCGGAGCCAUGGCAACCGCGCGGAGAGGCGGGCCCGGCCCGGGACAGCGGCGGGAGGAAGGGGAAGGCGGAGAGGAAGGAGUGGCUUUGUGCGCCGCCUCAGGGAGCGCUGCUGCGCGCUCGGGCGGAGCCGCGAUGACUUUCAGCGCUCAGAAAUGCGGGGUCAGCUUCCAGCCGCCAUCCAUCGUCCUCAUCUACAGAGACAACAGCCAGGACAAGACUCGCCAGCGCAUCAUGCCCGUCAGGAAUUUCUCCAAGUUCUCAGACUGCAGCAGGGCUGCCGAGCAGCUGAAGAACAACCCUCGGCACAAGGCCUACCUGGAAGGGGUCUCGCUGCGCCAGCUCCAGAAGCUCUACAGCUUGCUGAGAGGUCAUUUGGAAGGACAGAGCCUGGCUGAGAGCUUGGAAAAGUUCCAGCAGGAAGAGACCAUUGACCCAGAGGAGGAUAUGAACAAACUGGAUGACAAGGAACUGGCCAAAAGGAAGAGCAUCAUGGACGAGCUCUUUGAAAAGAACAGGAAGAAGAAGGAUGACCCUGACUUUGUUUACAAUGUUGAGGUGGAGUUCCCCCAGGAUGAGCAGCUGGAGUCCUGUGCUUGGGACACAGAGUCAGAUGGAGAAAUCUGAUUCCAGACGAAGAUGGGCAGUUCGGAGACAAAUCUGUGUCCCAGCAGAGAGAACAAUGCCAUCAUAUGUUGGCUCAGGAGAACUUGAGGUGCCACAGCAAUCCCAGGCUUAAGUGAGCUCUGUUUAAGAAGCCAGACUUGAUUAAAUGGAAACUGCAUAACUGAAAUUGUUGGCUGCCUUUAGUCUUUUCCUACAUAAAAUAAUUUUAAAUUAUUUAAUAUUUCAAUUUUUUACAUUUCAGUCAGCUUUGGCUGAAAAUGAAGCAUUAAAUAUUCAUGUCCUGAGGACACUGUUAAAGCUGUACUGUACAAAUAGGGUGAUUAUUAUUGCCUGUUGGGAAGUUAAAUAUGUAUCAGUCAUUCUGGAUAAAUCAACUCUGCAUUGAGAAUAUUACUCUUACAUUUCUCUAGCAAUGCUUAAAUCUUCAGUUUUAGCUUGCACAAAAAUACAUCCUUACAUGUAAGAGAAGGAAUAUCUUGAAAAUUAAUUAGUCUUGAAAGUACUUUUGAAAACACAGUGAUUUCAAACUGCUUCAGUGGGAUGAUUGGAUCCUUACACUCCUGGGUAAUGCUUCCUCAUAAGUGCUCAGUUCUGGGAGAAUGUGCCUAAAGUAUCUGAAAAACCAGAGUGGUAGAAGAUCAAAGGCUGGGGGUGGUUCUAAAGUAAGACAAACUCAUCCCACGGAAGGUUUUAAUCCUGCUGUCUACCUUGCCUGGUCUCUACUAGAUCAGUCCUGCUCUCAGGUAAGAACUGGAGGACUAAGAUUAGGAUUUUUUGGGAAAUUUUACUACUCCAAAAGCUUCCUGGGUUUUGGCUUUCUGAACCCAGGCAGCUGUGAGGGCUGUGGGUGAGAUGGACCUUCAUCCCAAAUGGAGUGGCCUCAACAAACUUCUGCCUGACAUAACUAAGAGGAGUGGCUGGAGGAGCAGCUGGAAGAGCUCUCCUCCUACAGCCUAAAAUGAGUGGCUGCUAUGAAAGACAUGAAGCAAGUGUCAGUUAAGCCACAGUUAAGCUUUGCUGUCACUGGAGAGGAUGAGGGAGCUCACACUUGGCCAAGGAGGUCUUCAGUCAGGAGAGAAAUGAAAGCUGAGGCCUCACUUGCCAUAACUAAAAAAAUGUAAAGGCUGACUCAGCUCUCCCAGAACCGGAAAGGGCAUGCAGGGGUCUGGCACAGGCCUUGCCUCCACAAUUGCAACAUAACACCACAGAAAGAUCUCCCACUUGGGAGGGAGAGGGUCCCCGAGAACAUUUCCUCCACUUCCAGCCUGCCCCCAGCUUCAUCCUGACCAGGACAUGGCCUGUGCCCAGCCCCAGGCAUGGCCUCCUCUCCACUGAGGGCUACAUGAGGCCUGAGUGCCUGGAUUGUGAGGUUCGUGCUGGCCUGCUCCCCCAGCCCACCCCAGACCUUCAGCAGGGAGCCAUACUGGUCUUCCCAGUUUGGGAUCCUCAGGGAACUUGGCAGGAAGGCACUUCACAGCCAGCUUUAGGUCAUGCAUAUAGACAUGAGAUGAGACAGAUCCCAAAACAGUCCCUCAGCAGCCUCCUGGUAGAGCACAUCCUACCAGCCACAGCCCCACAGCCCUCUGCACUUCACUCCCACUGAUCCUGACCUGCCUGGCUGCUCACCAAUCCAGACUGUGACAUCUGCAUUUGCAUGGAGAACGCUGUGGGACUCUGUGUCCAAAGCCUUGCUGAGCACACGGAAUCCACCACUCUCCCCUUGCCUACAGAUCCAUCCAUUUCAUCUGAGAGGAAAGCAGGUUGGGCAGGCAUAACCUGGUCUCAGCAGUCCAUGCUGACUUCUUCCAACCACCCUCUUUUUCUAGGACUGUGCUCCAAACAAAGAACAUUCAUUCCACGGUUUUCCCAGCAAGAAGGUGUGUGGUAUUCACAUUCUCUGAACAGAGAAAGACAUGAUUCUCUCUCCCAGGAUUUUUCCUGGAAAGCUGUGAGACGCAGUGAAAAAGCUCAGAGAAAGAAGAAAACAAUUCUUAUCUCUAUUUACUGCACCUGUUGUUUGGCACAUGUGGGAUGUGUUAUGGAGAUUGUUUACCAAAGAGGGAUUUGUUAAUUGGACACUGGUGAUGGUUGUUUGGAUGGAUUGACCAGUUGGGUCAAAGCUGUGCCAUUACUGGAGACAGCCACGGGUUUUCUUUAGUAUCUUUUUAGUAUGAUAUAGUUCUAGUAUAGUAUUAAUGUAAUAUAAUUUAGCUUAAUAAAAGCAAUUUAUUCAGCCUUCUGCAA